AUGCCGCGCGCAACCAAGUACAGCAUUGCGGCCUCUCCGCAGAAGACGCCCAUCAAGGUUCCCCUCAACGAUGACCGACAGGAGAAAGCAAACCGUCGCCAUGCCCUCAACGAAGCCCAGCGCAACUCUAUGCGCUCCUCUGGUACACCCGCUCGCCGACGAGUUUCACAAUUAGCUGGAGAGGAUAGCCCGCACACGCCAUCACAGGACCAAGAUGAUAUGCCCGGUGUCGCUGGAAGUGCCGUGACGCCCAUGAAGCGUGUCCUGCCACUGCUGGCUAACUUCGAGGAGUGGAUGAAGAUGGCGACGGACAACAAAAUCAACGCCAACAACUCGUGGAACUUUGCCCUAAUUGACUACUUCCACGAAAUGUCACUGCUCAAGGAAGGCGAUGGCGUCAACUUCCAAAAGGCCAGUUGCACACUGGACGGAUGUGUGAAGAUCUACACCAGCCGAGUCGACAGUGUUGCGACUGAUACCGGCAAGCUGCUGAGUGGCCUGGCGGAGAAUCAGGGCAAGAAGCGCCGCGGAGACGCUGAGGACGGCGAAGACGGCGAGGAUGAGGAUGGCGAGGAAGGUGAAGACGGUCAGAAGAAGCGCAAGAAGAGGACCGCGCGAUCAGCUGAGGCUACUCUGGCGACGUCUUUUUCCCAGCUGCAAAACAAGAAGAUGGAGCUGGAGUUCUCCGUGGAUCCGUUGUUCAAAAAGGCAUCCGCAGAUUUCGACGAGGGCGGCGCCAAGGGUCUGCUGCUCAACCACCUAGCCAUUGACUCCAAGGGCAGAAUCGUCUUUGACAGCAGCGACGAUGCGAAUGAUGCAACGGCUGAGGAGACGCAAGCCACUCCCGCGCCGGAAGAACGUGAAGACUCAAGAGCCGCCGAAGACGUCGAGAUUGACAUCUCUGGACUAGCAGCAAAGUACUUUCCAGACCUCGCUCGCCUUGAUGAACAAGAUAUUUGUCCCUCGAUGAAGACUUUCGAUCUCGGCGAUGUCAAUGGAUCGAUGGACUUGCCCUUCCUAAAAGCUCCCGAAGAUUGGCGCAACGACGACAAGAAGGACGACGAGGAAGAAGCAGGCAAUCGCUCCGGACUCUUCCUCGACGACGACAACCCAAUGGGCUUCGACGAUGAUGACGACAUCAACAUGGGUGGCUUUGAUUUGCCUCCUGAGACCGGCUUCGGUGAGGGUGGCGAAGUCUGGGCUCGAGAAGCAAUUCGCGAUCCCCAAGCCCGUGUACAUGUCAUGGGCCUCGGUGACGGAGAGGAAGAAGAGGGCGCUGAGGGUGUCGAGGGUAACAUGGCUACCGAAGGCGCGCAGUAUGGUCUGUCAAUGGCGCACGGUAGAGACCAAGAGCAGGAGAACAUCCUCAGCUACUUUGACCAAGCCCUAAAGAAAAACUGGGCUGGUCCUGAGCACUGGCGCAUCCGAAGAGUCAAGGAGGCUGGCAAGACCGCACCGGCGACAAAGCGGAAAGAGAAGGAGCCCUUCGAGAUUGACUUUUCUGCACCUUUGUCACAAUCAACAGCUGACAUGCUGUUCACCCCAGCCACAUCGAACUCGACCAUUUCGUUACCAAAAGCGCAAUGGAAAUCAAAGACAAAGAAUCUGUUACCUGACGACAAGCACUUCAGUUCGCGACAAUUAUUACGACUCUUCUUGAAGCCGAAGGCUCGCAUGGGCUCACGGCGCGAAGGUCGACGAGCUCAACCGCAAACAGAGGAGCCCGCGCAUGGUGACGUCGACGAGGCAUACUGGGCGCAUCGUGAAGGCGAGAAUGCCCUUGCCGAGGAAGAUGGCGUGGUAGAAGGCAACUACGACGCCGAUUUCUUCCAGGACGAUGGCUUGCCACUACCAGGAGGUUCAAUGGAUGACGACGACGAUUUCGCAGAUGCUCGCGACCACUUCUCACCAGUGCCUGGAGAAGGUACAGAAGCUAUGCAGCCGAUGGACGGCGUUGUACCAAGUUCACAGGCCGAGGAUGCUUUUGGCGCACAACUUGUCACGCAGAGCAGGAGGUUUCGACCUGAGUACGUACAGUACGCACGAGUCGCCAAGAAGGUCGAUGUCAAGCGCCUCAAAGAUGAGCUAUGGAAGGGCAUUGGAUUGGAAGAGAUCACUGCGCCACCACCAGCAAAUGCGCCAGACGACCCAGCCGCCAAAGCCAUCGACGGCUCACUCAACUUCACAGACGUCGUCAACGGCCUCAAAUCUGUGUACCCUGAGAAAGCGAUGGCUGAUUUGUCAACGAGCUUCUGUUUCAUUUGCGUGUUGCAUUUGGCCAACGAAAAGGGCUUGGUCAUUAACAACACCGAGGGCUUUGAGAACUUGACGAUUAGGAAGGACUUUUCGGCGGACCUGAGUGUUGCUGAGUAG